AUGGACCAUAUUAGAGUGGUCAGAGAGGCUUUGAGCACUCGAAGAGCGUCUCCUGACUCUGGACUGCUCGCUGCUACUCCCAUAACAGAAUCCCCGCCCCCGCAAGUCUCUCUCACGAAUGUUGAACCACGUCUGAAUAUGCACCAGUAUAAUGGUUUUUUUGACUCGGCAACGUCUACCCCUGAAAAAGAGGCUAGUAUUGUUGCUGAAGAUGUUGUAUCUCAGUCGCCGCCUACAGUAACGAAUGAAUGGUCCUCAGCUGUGGGACAUGCUAUGACUGGUAAAUCUGGCAGAGUCAUUCAUAACCUUCAAGAGGAUAUUGCGCGUUUAACACGCGAAUGCACCCUUCACCGGUCACGCGCAGAAGAGGCACAGCGAAUGAAUGAGGCACUGAAACAACAAUUACAAACUGUAAUGGAUCGACUGAGACACUCAGAGCAAGCAUAUGAUAUGAAUCUUGCUGCUGUUGAUCGGAAAGAUAGAAAAAUUGAAGAACUAAAGGCUGAAAUGCUGAAUGAAAAACAAAGGCGGAUACAUGCGGAAGCUGAUGCACAAAGAACUACUCAGCUGGCUAUAGAAGAACGCAAUGCAUAUCACCGCUCUCUUUCUGAGGCACAAGAUACUGCACAGCAAGCACACUCUCAGUAUGAGACAUUGUCUCAAGCUCGCCUGAGAGAUCGACGAGAAUACCAAUUCCGAUUUAAUACCAUCCGCCGGGAGCUGGGAGAGCUGUGUGCCAGGGAGAAAGAGAGACAGAACCAACUCAAUCGAUUCGAUGUCAUUAUGGAGCAAAAAAAUCGUGAAAUCGCGACCGGUCGCGAUCGUAUGGAACGAUUUAGCCGUUUAUUUGAAGAGUACAAAGCAGACCGAGAACAUGCCUUUGAAAAGCUUGUUGAGACAGGCAACCGUAAUGAUAGGGCUAUUUGUGAUGCCAUUUCAGAAACAAAGGAUGUGACGGACAAGAUGAAAUGGACCAUGAACGUACAGAAGGAAUUCAAAGGGGCAGAAUGA